AUGCUUUCAUUGAAUAUGUUUAGGAUAGAGGAAGUGAGAAGAUGCCUGUCAUCUCCGACUCCUUCUCCUGUAAAGGUCUAUGAGCACUCUCUGCGUCGCUCUGCCAGCCUGCCACUGCUGGUGGAUGGUGAGCCAGUUUGGGAGGCACACCACCCUGGAGCCCAGCGAUGGCACUCCCCUGCUCUCUCCCUCUACCCUGCCCUCUCUCUCUCACCUGCUUUCUCCCUCUCCUCUUCAUUGGCAUCAGAGGACUUCAUGACCGCGUGCAGUCGGCUGUCUGCAUGCUCCUCCCUGGCUCUGUCCCUCUGCAGCUCCUUUGGGUCCGAGGCCUUCAUGUCCGCCCAAAGUGAGCUGUCUCCGCCCUGCACCUCCCCGGCUCUCUCGCUGUGCAGCUUGGCAUAUGAGGACUUUGUGUCCGACCCUGCACAAGCCUGCUCACCUGCAAUGGUGAGGCCACAGGUGAACCCUGCUUCUGCGGAGGCAGCUGCUGCCAUGGACAACCAGAAGAUGAGCCAGAGAGCACAUUCCACCAGCUCCAACGAUCUGGUUCUAAUCACACUCAGUACCCUGCAGGACAUCGACACCCACAAGGUCCAAGAAUGCAGAGAUGAGCAGGAAAAUCAGGAGGAAGCGAGUGAGAAGAGAAGUGACGUGGAGAUGAAGAAGGAGGAGAAGAAGAAGACGGGAAGAAAGAUGAAGGGGUGGCGACGGGCAGAGUGGAGUGAUACUGGUGUAGCUGCAGCUGCUGCUCCUCCACACGGCUGUGUGGAACUGCUGACCUGGGGUGGACACUCGAGGAAUGACUCUUGA